AUCUCUACGAAGAUCGGUGCGCUCUGCCUACAUGCGUGAAGAGCGGCGACUAAGCUACUGCUCUUGUCAUUGCUCAACCGUACCAUGGAUGUCUUCAUCUGUGGUGUGUGCCACAUGGGCUUCCAUGACAUUGGCAAGUUUGUGGAUCACAAGAACUCCCUGGGCUCUAUUAGCUGUGGCCACUGCUCUGCCGUCUUUCACACUGAAGAUGACUUAGCCCAUCAUGCACAACAGCAACAUGCAACAGACACACAAGGGUCCGAACCUGCUGACGAGGAGAUGCCUCUUGAGCAGGAUAUGGAUACUGAACAAUCUACUCAAGGCAGUGGGAGUCACCUGGCCUCUGCCAAUGACAGUGGUAUUGCAACUGACUCUCAGACCAUUGUAGUUACAGAAAGUUUCUCAUUCGAGGCCACAGAAAACAGUGUGGUCAGUGACAUCUUUGCCUGCAGUAUGUGCCAGUGUUUCGCUCUGAGUGAAGAGGAGAUAGUGAAUCAUGUAAAUGAAUGUCAUGAGCCCAAUGCCCCUAAAGAGUCUGAAGAUGCUUCUCCGUUAUACUGCCGACUGCAGCAACUAGGUUCUGCUGUUGUAACAGCUCCGGGUGAAGAAAGACGGACACUGCGCAUGCUUCCUGUGGAUGUAGAGGAGCCACCUGCACAGACCACUACACUGCACUUAGUAGUGGAAACGAGCAGCCCACCGGUGCCUCCAAAGCGUCGCAGGGGCCGUCCUCGUAAAGUGGACCAAAUUCAGAGGCCAGCACCAGUUGUUGAAAAGGUAGAAGAACCCGACACGCUUACAAGAGGGCAAGAUGGCCUCUUUCAUUGCACUCGUUGCAAGCGAGUCUUCUACAAGGAGCGGCACAUUCUGGGCCACCGCUGUAUGGCCAAGGGCGACUAUGUUGACAACUUUGAUAAGAAAGACGACGAAAGCAUUGCUGCACCUGAGGAAGAUACCAAAGACGCAGACACAACAGAAGACUUUCGGUUGCACCGAACCAAUGAACGUGAGCCAUGGACUCGAGGUCGGGGUCGUCGAGGUGGACAUAGAGGUGGUCGUCGAGGCGGCCUUUGCCGAGACAUCUCUGAAAGUUCACGUGAUGAGAUAAUUGCGGGACCUGGUGAAGCCAACAAGGAGAAUGUUGCGGGCCAGGAUCAGGCCACAGCUGACAAAUCUGCUGAAGGAGGCUCAGAAGAAGCAGAGGAACUGACUCCUCGAAAGCUGCACUGGCGUGAGGACCCCCGACACGUGCCAGUUUUCUCACGGGACGAAGAAAGGCUGGCUUUUGAGGAGCACUUAAACCAGGUUGACCUUAGCUGUGUUGACCACUUGUACACACAGCACCAGGUAGCCCAGGAGAUCACAUGUCCACCAGGUACCCGUCCAGCUCCCAAGGAGGUCUGCGAUCUUCAUGUGUUCUCUUGCAAUGUCUGCAAAAAGGUAUUCAAAACGCAGUCGCACAUGAGGCUACACUGCCUGAUCCACACAGACCUCAAGCCUUUCACCUGUCAUCAGUGUGAUUUCAGCACCAAUGCAAAGGGGAACUUGUACACGCACAUGCGUAAACACACUGGAAAUUACUUCAAAUGUUCCCGGUGUGAUUUUAGGAGCUGCAACAGAAGUCACAUGGCUGAACACGAGGCAACACACAGCAGUGUUCGGCAGCGAUGUGAACUGUGCAGCAAUGAUUAUAAUACAAUCAAAUCCCUUGUAAACCAUGUUCGCAAGUACCAUACAAGUCCAGCGGGAAAGCGAUAUCUGGCAACUUUUCAAAGCAAACAGCUUCAGAACAUGGCUGUCCUGCAUGUGUGCCACCUUUGCAAUCGCAAGUUUAAAAAGAAGGUGGAUCGUGAUCGUCACUUGUUUGUGCAUAAUGUCCCCGAGCCCCCCACUGCAUACCAGUGUGGUCUAUGUGGCUACCAGGCUUCACGGAGGACCUACCUGGAAAAUCAUUAUAGGAAACACCGCCUUGUGUAUGUCUGCUCUGUAUGCUGUGGUUUGCACUUGAGUGCCACAGCUCUUCGAGCACAUUUACAGAAGGAACAUUUAGAGAAACGGGAUGCAUCAAGUGACCCUAAGCCUGACUCCAGCAUUGAAUGCUUUGUGGCUGAAAGUGGUCCAGUAUCUACUGCUGAAGAGACGGUGCCUGCACAAAUGAGCACUGAGCAGAACGACGCCCCUGAGCAAAGUGACACCCCUGAGCAAACUCAGGCCAGCACACAGUCUGAGGCUGCCCCAGAAAGUGAAGUGACCACUGAAGCAACCGUGUCAAGUGAUGCAACACUGGAGUCACUUUUUGCUGAUUCGAUUGGCCAAAGUUGGUAUCUCCCUGAGCCUGAUGGUAUUGCCAGUGGCUAUGCCAACAUACCUCAAGAGCUGACUGAAAACUCCCAGGAGUGUGACCCUGAUACGCCUACUGAGACACAAGCAACCUCAACCCAGCAGAGUGGACCCCUCAGUAGUGCGGUGACAGGGCUGUGGUCAAUGUCACAGCUGCAUUACAAGCAGCUCAGUAUGGAUGUAUAUACUAAAAUUCGGGAAGUGUUUGGAGAGGAAGAGUGUCCAGACUGUGGUCGCCUCUUUCAUAGUCGCAUCGACUUGGAUCCCCACCGCCUUACCCACACAGAUGACAAACCAUUCAAGUGUUCCAAAUGCCCUUAUUCUUCAGGCUCUAAGGACAACCUGAAGAGGCACCAGGAGACUGCACAUGAAGGACGUACCUUUCCUUGUGAACGAUGUGACUUUGUGGCACAGUCUCGGAGCUCACUGUUCCAGCACCGUCAGAAGCACACGGCUAAUGGUGGUCAAGGCCGGUGCCCAGUGUGCCAGCGACAGUUUCCAUCCUGGCGCAUUCUGCGCCAGCACUUGCUCUCCCAGCACCCUGACGCACAACAAUUGUUUAAAGUACCUGGUGGCCCUCCUCGAGUGAUGGGGCGUCUAGGACGACGUACCUACAAGUGUCCAUACUGUGGUCGUGUAUUUCAUCGUUCAAGCACUGAUCUUCAGAAACACAUGUGGAUUCAUGAAGGUGUAAAGCCGUUUCGAUGUCCAGACUGUCCAUACCAGUGUCGCAGCCGCAAUAAUCUCAAUGUUCAUCGUCUUACGCACUCCAACGACAAGCCACACCUUUGUGACCAGUGUGGUAAAGGGUACAAGUCUAAGGCUGCUCUGCGCUUGCACACACGAACACACGGCCGAGGAGCACUUUACCCUUGUGACAAGUGUGAAUAUACUGCCACCCAGAAAUGCCACCUGAAACGCCACCUAGAAACACAUGACAUCAUACGACGCUAUAUCUGCGAGCAUUGCUCUUACUCAUCAAACACUAUCAAUUACAUGAAGGUCCACUACAGUCGGAAACAUCGUGGGGAGGUUUUCAAUCAAAAUUCAGUUGUUGCCGAUCCCAGUUCAAUUGAGCAGCAGAAAGACAGGGUGUACAAGUGUCUUAGCUGCUCUUACAUUUUUGGCAACAUGAAUGAUAUGAAGCGGCACCUAAGGCUGAAGCAUGGUGUGUGCUUGGAGAACUUGGACUUGAGUGUGGAAGAAGUAUCAGCUGAUGCUCUUGCAACAGAAGCAGAGGCAGCUGCAGCUAGUGCUCAGCAAGAAAUGACACUGGAACCUGCCCCUAAUGACAGCAACCAACUUGAGGUGCCAGUGGAAGCUGCUGUGGAAGAGGAAACUGAGGAAGGUGCAGUAAGCCUGAUACAGCAUAUGGUGGAGCAAGGGGCUCUGACAGCAGGCCAGGAGGUUACGCUGCAGACACUGGAUGCUGAUGGCCUCUUAACAACACUGAGCCCUGAGGCAAUUAUUGUGCGUGAGCAGGAUGGCCAGCCACUACUGCUGGGCACCCAGGGUUCCUACCUCAUUCAGUAUGUGCAACAGGAGCCCGAUGGCCUUGUCCUCCAGCAAGGACCCCACGAGCAGGUCCAACAAGAGAUCAUCGUUGAGCUCACACCAUGAUCUCCAAAUGCAAAGAUUUUUGCGAAUGCCUGUGAAAAAGACAAGGCCAAAGAAUGCUGCAAGCAUGAAGCCCAGUGCAGUUUCUGCUUCAUGAUGUUCUGUCAGAUACGUGUACAUGUGCACAUAAAGUGUUUCCACCGGACUAGGCAAAUGUGGAAUUAGUAAAACUCUGGCAGUUUUUCUUGUUAGAGGGAAAGAUAUAUAUAUAUCUGUCGUAGUGUAAAUAUUAAGCCCGAGUUUCACCAACCAAGAGCAGUCUCAAGAAUUAAAGUGCUGCUGUAAUGUUCCUUUGUC